CCCUGAUUAAAAUAAAAUCCAACUCCACUUUUAUUAACUUCUUUAUAAGCUAAACCAGCACAUUAGAUAAUCAAACAAUUUCAAUUGGGUCUGUCCGAGUCCAACUCCACCCAAAGUUUCACUUUUAUGGGUUGGGCUAAUCUGUAAGUGGGCCCUUUCCCCCAUUUUUUGUGAGGUGGAGAGUAACGAGUAUCAGGAUUCUGGCGACUGACAGUGACAACAAAGAUAAUUGAAGGAGUUUCAACAUCCAUGAAUUUUAAUAGUCAAAUUACAGCAGGCAUCUAGGCAAGGGAAGUUUCUUUUUUAACAGAAUUCUUGAUUUUUCAGAAACUUAAAUAUCUUAACAAACGUAAAUUUAGUAUUUUUUCUGUUUCAUGGCUUCCUUCGCUAUGGUUCAUAACCUGUGCUCUGUAUCACCACUCUCUUCAAAAUGUUACUACAAGAACCAAACCCUAGCUCUCACCCACUCCCAUUUCUUGUCUUCCAUGACCUUUUUAAGGUUAAAGAGUAAAACCCUUUUCUCAAAUAUCAAAUUCAACAAGCCCUUAUCCCCAAAACCCUUGGUUUAUGCGCUGCAGUCAAACUUCUUCAAAGUUGUUCAAACAGUGUGGAAAGUUGGGAAGGAUGGAAUUGAAGCUGGAACCAAUUUAGUGCCAGACUCCAUACCGAGGCCAAUAGCAAGGAUCUCUGUGACAAUAGUUGCUCUGACUGUUACACUUUUUGUUCUCAAGUCAUUCCUGUCUACAGCUUUCUUUGUGCUGGCCACAAUGGGACUCGUGUAUUUCGCAUUUCUUGCCUUGAACAAAGAUCAAGGCCCAAGAGGAGGCGGUGGCACUGACUCCAUGGAAGACCCUGUAGAAGAAGCAAGAAAAAUAAUGGAAAAGUACAAAUGACAACAGCAAGAUCAUGGUAAUUCUGAUCAUCCAAAUUUUGUAUCACACUUAGCCCUAUGUAAAUUUGUGGGUAUACACUGUAAGGAAAAACUUUUUGUGUGGAAUUUAUACACUCUUUUUCUCUUCAGACAAUUCAUCUGCGUGGGGGCAAAAUUUAUUACAAAAAAUCUAAAACUAUCUGCCUAAUUAUUAUGUAUAUGCUUGCAAUGGAUCCUUUAAAUGCUUAAGCAACUGACUUUGGGGUAUUCUCUGGACAAGCUCAUUGGCCAUGAAUAAUGCCCAUCAGUAUGUCUCCAUCAUGCUGAACAGAGGUUAAUGCA